AUGGCUUUCGGUGCGUACACAACGUGUGAACUAGUGGGUGAGGGUUCUUUCGGACAAGUGUUCAAAGCAAAACGAUACUUUGAUGGUGAAAUAGUAGCCAUUAAAGCGGUUCAAAAGCAUGGGAGGUCUGAUGAAGAACUGAAAAGUUUACGUCAAGAAUGGGAAAUUCAGCGCGAACUUCAACAUCCAAAUAUAGUACCAAUAUAUGGAUGCUAUGAAAAUAAGAGUGAGAUAUGGGUUGAAACAGAAUACGUGCCAAAGGAUCUGCACAAGGUAUUAAGGACUAGUAAAAGUGGCCAUUUGUCAGUUGACAGAACACAAGCAAUAACUUGUGAUCUUGUCUCUGCACUUUAUUAUCUGCACUCAAAAGGAAUAUUACACAGGGAUAUUAAACCUCAGAAUGUACUUAUCAAACAAAAUGGGCAAGCGAUGCUGUGUGAUUUUGGAUUUGCUCGUAGCAUGAAGACAGGAACAUGUAUGUUAACUUCUAUAAAGGGAACACCAUUAUACAUGGCUCCAGAACUUAUAGAAGAACAUCCUUAUGAUUACAACGUGGAUUUGUGGUCCCUUGGCUGUAUAGUUUUUGAAAUAGUUACAGGUGCUCCACCUUUUAAUACAAACUCUAUAUUACAUUUAAUUAGACUGAUAAGAGAUGUACAGAUAAGGUGGCCAGAUUGUAUUUCUGAUAACUGCAAAAGUUUCCUACAGAGACUGCUACAGAAAGAUCCGUCACGAAGAUUAACUUGGCCUGCCCUUCUAGAACAUCCUUUUGUGAAAGACAAGGUUGUAAUAGUUGAAGAAGGCACAGUCACUGGUUCGCACCUUCUAAAGGAUGAUUUAGCAAACGACGAAGAUGAAUCGCGAAGCAACAGCUUAUCUGAUUGGAAUCCAGUAACCGUUGAAAGUAAUAUCGAAAACGAAGAAUGGAUCGCGUUCUUACAAAAAUCCAUGGAAGAAAUCAUGGACGGUGAAAUGGACUCGCUGCUUCAACAGAAUUGUGUUUCGGUAUUCGUGUCCCCGUUAAGAAAUCCGCGGGCGAGUUUUCGAGUCGUAAAAUACGUAGCUUGUCUUCUGUCUUUACCAUUUGUUGCUUCAAAUUGUCCACCAAAAGACUAUCUUGAUAAAAUCGAGCAAGUAUAUUUAGAUGUUUGGGUCGUACCAAAUCUCGUCUUCGCAUUAAAACUCUUAAUGUCUAAGGGUUCUCGCAAACCGUACAACAGGAAAUAUAAACUAGAAAAUUUGGACGACAAUGUUGCGAUAAAAUGGAACGCAAAUCGCUUUGAAACGUUGGAAUACAGCAUACUCGUACUUUGUAGAUUGAUACAUAACCAGAAAAAAUUUCUAACUCAAUUCUGCGAUGCUAUUUACGCCGUGAAUGGAAUAGAAUUUUUAAAGGAACUGUUGAAGUUAAGAGAGGAACGGAUACUGGGAAAUCUAAUUGCGAUUUUCAAUGAAAUAUUACGAUCUCAGCCUGAGAAUGCAAAUUUAGUGAAAAGAGUUGUUUUAGUUUGGGAUCAAGCCGAGGAUGCGGCAAUGAUGCUUUGUCGUCUAUUAGCGGCGACGGAUGAUAUAACUUCUGCAAGAUGCUGUUGCUUGAUCAGGCUACUUGGCGGAUGUUUUCGGGCAACGUUGGAAGACGCGUGGUCGAAUGUUCUAAGCGUAGGAAUACUGAGUACAAAAAUGUUGGAGGAUAUCAAACCGGAAUUUUCCGAGGGUAUCGAUGAAGCAAAAAUAUAUUCUGCCAGUGAAGAUUGAACAAUUCCAUGAUGUGUAUCACGAAGUGCAGCGGCCUAUGCAUGAUAUGACAAUAAGCCCUCUUAUUAAAUAAGAUACACGCUACAAAUUGUGUUCACAUUCUUCGCAUACUUUGUACAUGACACGUUUGAAAG